CUGCGGGCCUGAGCCGUGGGCUGAGGCGGAGCUGCUGCCGCCGGAAGCGCGAUGCCUUGAACCUGGGAUAACUAUGUGAAGCAACACUGUUUCUGGAUUUCAAAAGACAUCCUUUCAUCAUGGGACAGCAAUUUUCGGAUCAGACACAGUUGGUUCUUAACAAGUUACCAGAAAAAGUAGCAAAACAUGUCACAUUGGUUCGAGAAAGUGGCUCCUUAACUUAUGAAGAAUUUCUUGGGAGAGUAGCUGAACUUAAUGAUAUGAGAACUGCUAAAGUGGCUUCUGGCCAGGAAAAACAUCUUCUCUUUGAGGUACAACCUGGAUCUGAUUCCUCUGCCUUUUGGAAAGUGGUUGUACGUGUGGUCUGUACGAAGAUUAAUAAAAGCACUGGCAUUGUGGAAGCAUCACGGAUCAUGAAUUUGUACCAAUUUAUUCAGCUUUAUAAAGACAUCACAAGUCAAGCAUCAGGAGUAUUGGCCCAGAGCUCCACCUCUGAAGAUCCUGAUGAAAACUCAUCAUCUGUAACAUCUUGUCAGGCUAGUCUUUGGAUGGGAAGGGUGAAGCAGCUGACUGAUGAGGAGGAGUGUUGUAUCUGUAUGGAUGGUCGAGCUGACCUCAUCCUGCCUUGUGCUCACAGCUUUUGUCAGAAAUGCAUUGAUAAAUGGAGUGAUCGACACAGGAAUUGCCCUAUUUGUCGCCUACAGAUGACUGGAGCAAAUGAGUCUUGGGUGGUAUCAGAUGCACCCACCGAAGAUGAUAUGGCUAACUAUAUUCUUAACAUGGCCGAUGAGGCAGGCCAGCCCCACAGGCCAUGACCUUGGGGUGAAGGUCUUCUGUUGCUAUUAUGAGCUACAAACACUUUGGUCAUGGGAGAAGAAUGCAGGGAUAUUGUGGCACAGACACAGAGAAAUCAAUUUUCCCUACCCUCUUAUUUUCGCUAUUCUGACAAUUUGUUCCAUUUCUUUUGAUAAACUUUCCAUGUCUUCCAUUUAUAGUAAACUAAAAUUUGCUACUGUUUUAGACCAUAUUUUUCUAUUAUUUAUCUGUUCUAAUAUAUAUUAGAACUAAUUGCUCUUGAAUCCUUUGCUGAGGUAACAGCAACAUUUCCAGAGGCUUCUGAAACACUAUUUUUCAGGGCAGGAGUAUUCUGGAAUCUAUUUAGUUAGGUUUAAAAUAAACCUUGAAUGUUAAAAAGUUGUAGCCAUCUGAGAGAAAAUUUGAAGUGACUGAAAAUGUAGAAUAUAUCAAAGUGCAUGUUACUACUUAGUCUUUCUGCUGGAAUCUAAGGAGUGUGUAUGCCCCCUUGUGGUUAAUUAUUGCUCCUUUAAUAAUUUUUACUUGAAAUGAUCCACAAUUAUUUCAUAACUUUAACAGUGUGUUUUGGAACUACAUGUUUUUUACUUAAAAGCUUCCCCCCCCCCAUGCUAAUUUGGGUGAGAACU